GUGACAAUUAAAAAAAAUCUGUAUUGUUGUGAUAAUUAUUUUGUAUUGCAUUAGUAAAAUUAUCAAUUAAAACGAUAAUGGAUCCCUUAACAAUAAUUAAAUCUCGCCAAAGAGCAGAAAAUUGGACUAAAGAAGAAAAGAACAUUCUUUUUUAUAUUAUGCGCGAGUCGGCUCCUAUUAUUGACAGUAAGAAAUCAGAUAGGGAAACAAAUCUUAAAAAGGGAAGAGAGUGGCUAAAAGUCCAAAAAAGAUUUGUAGAACUAACAGGCAAAAGCAGAGAUGUGGCUCAAAUAAAAAGGUUUUGGAUAAGAUUAAAAUGUACAGCCUCACACCAUAAAAAACUAGUAAGGUCUAAAGAACCUCCGACAUCUUCAACUAAAACGAAAACCGCUAGAGAGUUACGUCCAAAUAUCAAACACAUUCGUUUGGUUUUUAAGAAAAAGGAAAUUAAGAUUGAUAGUAAUGCUGUGGCCUUACAGCAACUACAAACACCAUUUCAAGUCGAGAAAGAUGAAACUGAAACAGCCAAUCAGAUGCUUCCACAAGAAAACACAGAACCACCAAUAGAUUUUAAUCUAGCAAAUAUUGAACAUAAUGUUGACCAACCACAUUCAGUCCUGUUAAAAUGUAAACCAAUCACAGAGCUAGUAGCCGACAGAUUUGUUAAUCUUGAACCUGAAACUACAAUAAAUGAACAAAUAGAAAUGAGUAAUAUGGAAAGUAAUAAUUCAAUAAUGAAUGAAGAUGAAUUCUAUUAUUUUGGUCUGAGUGUAGCCGCACAACUUAGAUCGAUGCCACUAACAAAUGCUCUAGAUUUGCAGUCAAAAGUUCAAACUCUUAUAUCAAAUGAAAGACGGUUGCAGCUUAGUUUAAAUACCAACUAAGCAUAUUUUAAGUAACAAAAAUAUAUUUUUAAAAAUGGAGUAAUUCUAGUAGAUUUUUUAUUGUAAACUGUUUGUAUCUCCUUCAUAUCCAACCAAUUUUAACUUUCACAAAUUAUUAUUCUAAUUUGAGCAAUACUUCCAUAAUUAAAAAAUAUUUGCUACUGCC